AUGCUUACCUCUAAUACUCUGAGAAGAAAUCUCGUCUCAAAAGCACUAAAGCCCCAACUAAGACCUUUCACAUCUACGAGAUGUGUUGCACGAAUAAUAUCCAAUGCGCCGCUCCGAGCCAAAGAAUCAUCUAACUUUGUGAGGUCUAAAUAUCCUGUAGUUGAUCAUGAGUAUGAUGCGAUUGUUGUAGGAGCUGGUGGGGCCGGCCUCCGUGCUGCCUUUGGGCUGGCAGAAGCUGGCUUCAGUACAGCCUGUGUAUCGAAACUCUUUCCGACCAGGAGUCACACCGUCGCAGCUCAAGGUGGAAUAAAUGCGGCUCUAGGAAACAUGCACGAAGAUGAUUGGAGGUGGCAUAUGUAUGACACGGUGAAGGGAUCUGAUUGGCUUGGAGAUCAGGACGCAAUUCACUACAUGACUAGAGAGGCACCAAAGUCCGUUAUUGAGCUCGAAAAUUACGGCUGUCCAUUCUCUAGAACGGAUGACGGAAAAAUCUACCAACGAGCAUUUGGAGGUCAAUCGCAAAAAUUUGGUAAAGGCGGGCAAGCAUACCGGUGCUGUGCUGCAGCUGAUAGAACAGGACAUGCUCUUCUUCACACCCUCUACGGUCAGUCACUACGACAUAACACAAACUUCUUCAUCGAAUACUUUGCCUUAGACUUAAUCAUGGAGGAUGGCAAGUGCAAAGGUGUUAUGGCGUACAACCAAGAGGACGGAACAAUUCAUCGGUUCCGAGCUCACAACACUGUAUUAGCUACUGGAGGUUAUGGACGAGCUUAUUUCAGCUGCACAUCUGCGCACACUUGUACAGGUGACGGAAUGGCUAUGGUUGCCCGUGCUGGCCUCCCUAACCAAGACCUUGAAUUUGUUCAAUUUCAUCCAACUGGAAUUUAUGGGGCUGGAUGCUUGAUCACCGAGGGUGCGCGUGGUGAGGGUGGAUACCUUCUCAACUCUGAGGGCGAAAGAUUUAUGGAAAGAUACGCCCCUACAGCUAAGGACCUAGCUAGCCGAGACGUUGUCUCUAGGUCUAUGACUAUGGAAAUUAGAGAGGGUCGUGGUGUUGGCACGGAAAAAGAUCACAUUUACCUCCAACUCAGUCACUUACCAGCUGAGGUACUACACGAGCGCCUUCCAGGAAUUUCCGAGACAGCAUCAAUAUUUUCAGGGGUCGAUGUUCGCAAGCAACCUAUUCCUGUCCUCCCCACUGUACACUACAACAUGGGUGGUAUCCCAACUAAAUACACCGGAGAAGUUCUCACUGUUGAUAGCGAAGGUAAUGAUAAAGUUGUUCCUGGACUUUUUGCAUGCGGAGAAGCAGCCUGCGUCUCUGUUCACGGUGCCAACCGUUUGGGGGCAAAUUCUCUUCUUGAUCUUAUUGUAUUUGGCCGAGCUGUCUCCCACACAGUUCGGGACAACUUCGAGCCUGGAAUGCCUCACGAAGAAAUUAGUGCUGAUGCGGGUGCUGAAUCAAUCCAAGUCCUAGACCAGAUUCGUACUGCGGACGGUCCUAAGAGCACGCACGAUAUUCGUCUCGCCAUGCAGAAAGUCAUGCAAUCGGAUGUAAGUGUAUUUCGGACUCAGAGCUCACUAGAUGAAGGCGUGAAAAGAAUCAAUGAAGUAGACCAAACAUUCAAGGAUAUCGGUAUCAAAGAUCGAAGCAUGAUAUGGAAUUCAGACUUAGUCGAGACCCUAGAGUUAAGAAACCUAUUAACCUGCGCGGUUCAAACAGCAGAAUCAGCUGCAGCUAGAAAAGAAUCUCGUGGUGCUCACGCACGAGAAGACUAUCCUGAUCGGAACGAUCAAGAAUGGAUGAAGCACAGUUUAACUUUUCAGAAGAAUCCUCAGGGAAAGACCGACUUGACUUACCGAGCUGUCGUCGGUCAUACUCUUGAUGAAAAUGAGUGUAAGGCUGUACCGCCUUUCAAGCGUGUCUACUAA